UCAAAAGAUCUAAGACAGUGCAUAAUAACAUAACGAGGCACCUACAAAAUAUGUUUGUCUUCAUAAACUAAUAAUUAGGUAGUAUUUUAUAGUUGUUGUUUUCAAUAAAUUCAGUGGUUGAUAGAUAAUAAGUUUCUCGUCGAACUAAAUAAUAUUUAAUUGAUUCAAAUAUUCAACAUGGAUUAUAAAUUUCCAAAUGAAUUUAUGUUUGGUGCUUCAACUGCUGCAUAUCAAAUUGAAGGAGGCUGGAAUGCAGACGGAAAAGGAGAAAAUAUUUGGGAUAAUUUGGUUCAUACUAGUCCGGAAUUAAUAAGAGAUGGGACUAAUGGAGAUAUUGCCUGUGAUUCCUAUCACAAGUAUAAAGAAGAUGUAGCACUUGCAAAAAAUUUAAAUUUAAAGUUAUAUCGCUUUUCAAUAUCAUGGGCUCGAAUAGCACCAUCUGGAGUAAUGAGUUCAUUAAAUCCAGAAGGAAUAGUAUACUACAAUCGUCUUAUCGAUGAACUUAUCAACAAUGAUAUUAUUCCAUUAGUUACAAUGUAUCAUUGGGACUUGCCACAAUACCUACAAGAUCUUGGAGGUUGGGUUAAUCCAAUUAUGUCAGAUUAUUUUAAAGAAUAUGCACGAGUGUUAUUUACUAACUUCGGAGACAGAGUAAAAUGGUGGAUAACAAUUAAUGAACCAAUGGAGGUUUGUAAAGGUUAUGCCAUUAAAGGCUAUGCACCAUACUUGAAUUUAAACAACACUGGAUUAUAUUUGGCAGCUCAUACACAACUUAUUGCUCAUGGAAAAGCAUAUAGGUUGUAUGAAGAGAUGUUUAAACCUACACAGCAAGGAAAAAUAAGUAUUUCAAUAAAUGGAGUAUUUUUCAUACCAAAAAAUGUCGAUUCAGUUGACGACAAAAAUACUGCUGAAAGAGCCAAUCAAUUUGAGAGAGGGUGGUUCAGUCAUCCAGUGUACAAGGGAGACUAUCCGCCAAUAAUGAGAAAAUGGGUUGAUAAAAAAAGUAAAGAAGAAGGUAGACCGUGGUCAACUUUACCAACAUUUACAGAAGAUGAGAUUAAAUUAAUUAAAGGUACAGCUGAUUUUUAUGCUCUCAAUCAUUAUUCUUCUCGUUUGGUAACUCAUGGAAGCGAUCCAGAUCCUCAUUAUAAUUCAGACGCUAAAUAUGUUACUUCUGUAGAUGAAUCAUGGUUAAAACCAUCUGUUGCACCGUGGCUUGUACCAGUACCUGAUGGAUUAAGACAACUUUUGAUAUGGUUAAAAAAUGAAUAUGGCAAUCCACCUUUGAUUAUAACAGAAAAUGGAUAUGGAGACAAUGGUCAAUUGGAUGAUUUUGAUAGAAUUAACUACAUAAAGGGUUAUCUAAAUGCAACAUUACGAGCAAUACAUGAAGAUAAUUGCAAUAUUAUAGGAUUUACUGUAUGGUCACUCUUGGAUAAUUUUGAAUGGAUGGAUGGUUUCGCAAUUCAUUUUGGACUUGUUAAGGUAGAUUUUAAUACUCCUCAAAGAACUCGUACUCCAAAAGCAUCAUAUUCAUUUUUCAAGAACGUGGUAUCAACUGGCCGAUUGGUAACAUCUUCUAUUAGUAAAACACUUAUAUCUGAAUUAUGAAAAAAUCUUAUUUAUGAUACUUAUUUUAUAAAGUUACAUUUUAUUAUUCUUACUUAAAUUUUUAAUAUGGUAGUUUUUAAAGUAUAAAAAAUGGUUUAUUAUAUGACCCAACCUAACCAGAUAGUUUAUUUAUAAUUUACAAUGAUUACACAAUUGAAGUGGGUCUAUUAAUAUAAUGCCUUAUAUAAAUUUAAAAUAGUAUUUUGUAUUAUUAAAAAACAAAUUUUGAUACAAAAAUUCACUCACACGGUGUUCAAGAUAGGCAAUCAUUUUACAUAUACCACAAAGUUUGACUCACACCUCAUUUAACUAUCAGUGCGAUGUUUAUUGAAUGUUUGUUUGCCGAUUGUUAAAUUUCUGUUCCAUAUCCAGUCAAAGCUUCAAGGAAAAACAAAUAAUAUUUUAUAGUUUCAGAGCAAAUAGUUUUUAGAUCCAGCGACAUUUACGGCUGCCGCUUUGAACUUAUUGACGCACUAUCAAGCAGAAUAGUCCGCGAGUAACACUUAAUUCUGCUGCUAGACGGCAAUGUCAUUAACAAUAAUAUUGUUUUAUACUUCAUUUUCAUAAUAAUAUAGAAAUUUAACAUUUGUA